CUGGGAGGCCUGAUGGCUGACCGGGUGGGUGGUGCUCGCAUCAUGGUGGCCAUGUCGACAGUAGGUGCUGUCAGCCUGCUGCUCUUCCCACCGCUGGUCUCCAUCUGGCCACAGGCUGCCAUCCUGCUCCGCUGCCUGCUUGGCCUGGUCCAGGGCCCUCACUACCCGAGCCUGGGCAGCCUGAGCAGUCAGCUGGUGCCGGCGCCGCGUCGUCCGCUGUUCUUCAGCACGGCCCUGCUGGGCUCGCCGCUCGGCACCAUCCUGGUCGGUCUGGUGGGCUCCGUUCUGCUGGAGGGGCUCGGCUGGCGGGCCGUCGUCACGCUCACUGGCCUGCUGUACGCCAGUUCGGCGCUCUGGCUGUACGUGCUGACGCGGGGCCAGGGCGUCCCGGCCAGAGCGGCCGCCGGCGCGUCCGCGGCUGUGCCCUGGCGUGGCCUGCUCUCCAGCGGGCGGGUCUGGGCGUGUAUCCUGGCGCACAUGUCGCACACCACCGCCUGGUUCCUGCUCAUCUCCUGGCUGCCGUCGUACUUCCAACGCGUCCACCCGCAGGCGGAGGGCUGGCUGGUGAACACGCUGCCGUUCGUGUUGAACGGCGCCGGCACGAUGACGUCCGUGCCGCUGGCCGCCUGGCUGCUGCGACACCAGUUCAGCGUCACCGCCACCCGCAAGCUCAUCGAGGUCGGGUCGCAGCUGAUUUCCGCCGCCGCGAUGCUCGCGCUGCCGCGCGUCAGCUCCAGCGCCGCCGCUGUGCUGUUGACGUCGCUGUCGGCCGGCGCCGUGUCGCUGCACGCCAACGGAGGCCUGGCGCUGCCGCAGGACCUCUGUCCGCAGCACGUGGGCGCCCUGUUCGGCCUCAUGAACACCGGUGGAGCCCUGGCAGGCUUUCUCUCCAACCUGGCGGCCGGCUACCUGCUGGAGCUGCACGGCGACUUCGAGGCGGUGUUCCACAUGGUGGGCGGCCUGGCACUGGCCGGGGCUCUGGUGUUCGCCGUCUUCGGCUCGGCCGAGCGGCUCAAGCUCUGAUCAGUCUGCAGCCGUGAUCAGUCUGCAGCCGUGAUCAGUCUGCUGCCGUGAUCAGUCUGCAGCCGUGAUCAGUUUGCAGCCGUGGCCAGUCUGCAGCCGUGAUCAGUCUGCAGCCGUGAUCAGCUUGCAGCCGUGGCCAGUCUGCAGCCGUGAUCAGUCUGCAGCCGUGAUCAGUUUGCAGCCGUGGCCAGUCUGCAGCCGUGGUCAGUCCGCAGCCGUGAUCAGUCUGCAGGUGUGAUCAGUCUACAGCUGUGCUCAGUCUGCAGACGCGGCACUCCACCAGCGAUCCCCUCCCGUCGUGCACCGCUGUCAUUCCCCGCGUGGUCUCACGCUGCCGCGAUCCCGGCGGACGGGGCAUAUGACUACCUCAAAGCCUCGCGCGCGGGAUCCAAUGUAGGCUCCUUGCCGUGGAGAGUUUUCCGUCCGACAGAAGUGCUUCUGAGACGUGCCUCAGUGGUCUGUAUCUAGCUAUUGUUACACAACGGGUGUGUUCGACCUGGGCGGUUAUGUGCGUGGGUGUGGUAGGGGUGGGACGCUCUGUGGUGAUGUGAGUGGCAUGGGUUUGGGACGUUCUGUGAUGCUGUGAGUGGCAUGGGUUUGGGACGUUCUGUGAUGCUGUGAGUGACAUGGGCUUGGGACCUUUCACGAUGUGCGAGAUUCGUGUUCAGAGCGCGUGAUUUCGCAGCCUUGUUUCGAGCGUGACGCAUUGGGAUGUGACGCUUGCGGCGUUCGACUGCGGCUUUGGCCGGGUUCCCCCGGGGACCAGGACCAGGAGUUCUGCCGAGGACCAGGAGUCGCGCCCGAAGCUCUCCGCGGACCCCUGUCUCCUGGGCUCCGCGGGUCUCCGAUCACCGUUGCUGACGUCACGGACACCAGCUGGUGCGAAGCCGUGUCAUCCUGAAAUGUUCUAGUCAGCCCCGGGUCAGACUGCGCACAGGCCAUUGGCCAAAAGGCGCCACGCUCGGCUGCGUCAGUGGUGGUGGAUCCGUCGCGUUCAAGACGCGCCCAUAGAUGUGAACAGUGUGUGUCUUGCCGCAAUUGUGCGACGCUUCGGGUGCUUUUUCUAUUGGAACGAACAAGGUUAGGGUAGAAUACAAGCAUCUUAUUGUGUCGAUG